AUAAAUAAAUAGUGAGGCUUAAGGAGACCAGGCUCCCACAGCAAGGAAGAAGCAGAGCUGGGAUUCAACCCAUCUUUUCGAAGGCGAGUGCUGCUGCUUUCAGACAGAGCAGAGCAAAUUGUGCUGGGCCCCAGCACAUCAUGUUUUGUGGGUGGUGAACAGACCAGUUGGGCUGCGGGAAUGGUGGGUGCUGACUGGGCACAGCAAUGCUGCCAUCUCCCUCGGUCACUCCUAUUCCAAAAUGUCCUAAAAGUCCCAGAGUAUUCCUUUUGUGUUAGUUUCUUUUGACUGCCGGCUGAGCUUGGCUGAGCGCAAAUUACCCUUCCCCUGGAAAUCAUUUAUUAGACUUCCCCUGGAAACCAUUUCCCCUCACCCCAGAGCCAUGACGUGUUCUUGCUCCUGCUUUCCGCUUUGCUGCUUAGCCUUCUGUCGAAGCUGGAGGUCUGACCCACCCUGACUCCGCCGCCCCUGGAAUGAAGCUGUACUCAUAUGAGUGAGAUUGGGAAAGUCCUCUGAGGGCCUGGUGCCCAGCAGUAGGCCUCUCCCCCUUGCUCUCGGCCUUUUCUCUGUUCCUCUGACCUUUUUCUCCACCGUCAGGGCCAUGUGGCCGCCCGUGUUUAUAUAUUCCCUCUCUAGAGAACAUAGUGCCCCCCCCCACACACACACACUGCUUCAGUGAGCGAUUUUCCUGUGCAGCCACUUAUCUCAAGUGCUUUGUUGCCGCUUUGGUCCACGGCCAUCUGGGCAGAGGGGCCUUCUCUGGGAUCAGGAGGAGGAAUUGCGAAUCAGAGAAAUUACCCUAGGACUGGGGUCUUGGGUCCAGACUUCUCGUAUUGUGUUGGAAAAGAGUUCAUGCUGUUCAGUCCGAGUGAGUCUUGGCUGCCACCCCGCUGAGGGAGGCUUAGAGGAAUGGCCCAGCGGAGAACCUCAGGGCAAACUUUCCCCAGGGGCCCUGCACCCCAAAUCUUGACAGAUGACCGCUGCCUUUUGUUGUUCUCUCUUAGAGGUGGGAGUAGGAGGUGAGAAAGAGGGUGGUUUAAAAACAAGAACCUAGUGAGUUACUACAUAAGGCAAUUUCUCCCACCAGGAGUCUUCUGAAAUUGCCCCUUUCUUGCUGUAGCUUUCUGGGGGGCGGGGCAGGCAGGUAACAGCCAAGGGAAGAUAAUUCUAGGCUCCCCUAGACUCUCUGUUUCUAAAGUUACAUAGUUACGCAACGCUUCCUAAAGUUAUGUGACCUGGUAACUGUUCCUUGCUAUGUUUUGCUCCCCUGAGCCCCUUUCCCACUUUUCGAAACUCUUUCAUCUAAUAAAUCUUCCCUGGUCGAAGAAGCCGGAGUGUUUGGAUUUUCAGCUUUCUGGCACCCAGUAGUUCUCAGCCCGGAGUUAUUCUGCCCCCCAGGGAAUGUCUGGCAAAUCCGGAGACAUUUGAUUGUCAUGACUGGGGGUGCUGCUGGCAUCUAGUGUGUAGGGACUGGGGAAGCUGCCAAGCAUCCUGUAGGGCCCAGGACAGCCCUCACUACAAAGAAUCACCUGGUCUGAGAUGCCAAGAGGACUGAAAUGAAGACACCCUGCUAUAACAGGGGUCCCGACCGCUCCAUGUCGUGCUGGGAAAUGAGGCCUGUGACUUGGACUCCAUGGUGUCCGCUCUCGCCCUGGCGUUUUACCUGGCAAAGACGACCGAGGCUGACGAAGUUUUUGUGCCAGUUUUAAAUAUAAAACGUUCAGAGCUACCUCUACGAGGGGACAACGUCUUCUUCCUUCAGAAGGUUCACAUUCCUGAGUCCCUCCUGAUUUUCCGGGAUGAGAUUGACCUCCACGCACUGCACAAGGCUGGCUGGCUCACCCUCACUCUUGUUGAUCAUCAUGCCCUCCCCACAAGCGACGCAGCCCUAGAGGACGCAGUAGCAGAGGUGCUAGACCAUCGGCCCAUUGAGCAGAAAUGCUGCCCUCCCUGCCACGUUACGGUGGAGCUGGUGGGGUCUUGCACUACCCUGGUGACCGAGCGGAUCCUGCAGGGGGCACCAGAGACCUUGGACAGGCAGACUGCAGCCCUUCUGCACGGAACAAUCAUCCUAGACUGUGUCAACAUGGACCUUAACAUUGGGAAGGCAACCCCAAAGGACAAGAAAUACGUGGCGAAACUGGAGGCCCUCUUCCCAGAUCUGCCCGACAGAAAAGACAUCUUUGAUUCUCUGCAAAAGGCAAAGUUUGAUGUGUCAGGACUGACCACCGAGCAGAUGCUGAGAAAGGACCAGAAGACCAUCACCAGACAAGGCAUCAGUGUGGCCAUCAGUGCAAUCUAUAUGGAUUUGGAGGCCUUCCUGCAGAGGUCUGGCCUCAUUGCAGACCUCCAUGCUUUCUGUCAGGCUCACAGCUAUGAUGCCCUGGUUGCCAUGACUAUCUUUUUCAACACUCACAAUGAGCCAGUGAGGCAGCUGGCUAUUUUCUGUCCCUACGCAGCCCUCCGAAUGACGAUCUGUGGAGCCCUGGAACGCUCCCACUCUCCAUUCCUGAAGCUGACCCCUGUCCCCAGCAAUCACCCCAACCUCCAAGCCUACCUCCAAGGCAACACCCAGAUCUCUCGGAAGAAACUGCUGCCUCUGCUCCAGGAAGCCCUGUCAGCAUGUUCUGACUCCAUGACAAUCCCUUCGGGGCAGCCUGAGACCGGGGGUGUGUCCAAGGAGCAGGUGGACACGGAACUGGACAGGGGAGGUGCCCCCCUGAUUCCUGGACUGAGUCAAGAUGAGGAGGACCCCCCAUUGCCCCCCACACCCAUGAACAGCUUGGUGGACGAGUGCCCUCUGGACCAGGGGCUGCCCAAACUCUCCGCAGAGGCCAUCUUUGAGAAGUGCAGUCAGAUCUCUCUGUCACAGUCUACCAGCGCCUCCCUGCCCAAGAAGUGACUAGUGGGACAGGAGUGGAUAGUGAGAGAGGUUGCUUGAACCAUGUUUUAAGACGUUUGCAUGUUUUGAGACGUUUCAGCAAUUUUCUUCAUUGCUCCAGGAUCUGGUGUACUGUGAUCAUAAACCUGGGAGGAGAAAGAAGUACAAGAAAGCAGCUGCUUUGGGCCGGCCAAGUGGCUCAGUUGGUUAAGUUAGCUUAAGAG